AUGAGAAGUGGUGGACGUUCCCGAGCAACUAAUCGGAUGUAUAAUAUGACUCAGCAGAAGGCACAGGAGUCACUAGACGUCAUCAUAAGUAUGUUACCAGUCUUUGGAAUUCCUGCACGUGUUUUAAUCGACCCCAGGGCUACACAUUCUUUUGUUGCACAUAGUUUUGCCCGUAAUGCGGAUGUGAGACUCACAGCCCUGCGUGAGGAGCUUGCUAUUUUUGUACCAACGGGAGAUGUUUUUAUGGCUAGUGUGGUGUACAAGAAUAGUUUGGUUUUAGUAGGAGAUGUAUUCCUAGAGGCGGACUUAAUCCCUUUGGAUAUCGUGGAUAUAGACGUUAUUCUGGGUAUGGAUUGGUUAGCCAAGUAUCAUGCUUCAGUUGGUUGUCUUGGACGACCUAAGGUGACUUUCUAUAGGGAGUGUAGAGUUCUUCCAUCUUGCCUCAUUUCAACCAUUACAGCGAGACGGUUACUUAAAAAGGGAUGCUUAGGAUACUUGGCUCAUGUGAUUGAUACAUGGGAUAGUGGAUUGCGGUUGAAAGAUAUUCUGGUGGUACAGGAGUUUCCAGAUGUGUUCCCAGAAGAUCUUCCUGGAUUACCUCUUGAACGGGAGAUUGAAUUCACUAUUGAACUCGUCCCCUAA